AUGCAGCUGGCAACUUCUCCAUUUCGAUCGAUCCUGAGCCUGACGAGACCAGGCGACACCAUAAAGGCGCACGAUUGGAGCUCGCCAUCGUGCUGGGGGCCUCCCCAGUGUUCGUUUCAUUGCGAGUGGCGAAGCUCUGCUUGGUCCUUCGAUCUUGAAAAAGCAGCGGUUUUUUUUCGACGUAUGUGGGCCACCACUUUGAAUGAACGUCUGUAUGUUUGUCCGGUGAAGGGAACUUUCAGCAUGAAUCGAUCCAUUUCAUAUAUGAAUAAUCAAGGAAAAGCACAAGCAACUAAAACUUCCGAAGAAACUGAGCGACAGAAAAAACGCCGUGAGCAAUCAUCAGCACAUCGUAGCCGCCUGAUUGAACAGGAUCCAUGGACUCCGCUAAUUAUGAACUGUGAAACGGAUGCAGAGACAAGUAGUUAUUGCAAAUCACUAUUUUUGGUACCAAUAAAAGAAGCCGAACCAACAACAGUACCCGAUCCGGAACAGCUGGUUCAGGAAGCAAUCAUUGGCGUGAAAAUGGCUGCAUUGUAA